UCGACCCGCAGGAUUUGAAAUUUAUGGUAUCAUUACGCGGGGUGCUGAGGCCCUGAGUACUUAUGAGGUCCGUGACACUGUUUGAUACUCUGCGUUCUAUCGUGCUGAGGUGCCUUGAAGCAGUCAAAGAUCUUUGACCGGUCGAACCUUGAUUGGCAUGGUGCUGUUGCUGAAGGCCUGAUGAGUCACGCUUGACCCUGAUUGGAAUUGUUAUAUAUUCUGCCUACCAGGCGCGGCGCCGUGCUCGAUACUAGCGCCUCCAUUCGACUCUGUUAAACAUGGAUCCACAAACCUUCAUUCAUCUCUCAACCCUCCUCCAGUCCCAGAACUAUUUUUUGGCAUCACUAAUGGUUUCUUGGGUCUACGAUUGUUUCCUAACCUUGGACCAGGAGGUAUCUUUGAUUCAUCGGCCACGGUGGAGCAAAGGAAGUAUUCUUUAUAUCAUGACGAGAUACAUACCAGCCUCGAUGCUCCCUGUACACUUAUGCAUGAACUAUCUCCCAAAUGAAAAAAUUGUGACUUGUGACAUUCUACAGUCAAUGUGGUAUUGUACUGUUGCAUUGUGUAUGGCUGGUGCAGAAGGUAUUUUCAUCCUUCGUACCUAUGCAUUAUGGGGACAUAAGAGAUUCAUUCUGGGCCUUAUGUUGUCAACGCUACUCUGCCUGGCGAUCUUGAACGUGGUAAUAGCGCUGAAGGGUUGGAAACAUUCGAAAAUCCACCUAUCAGACAUAGGUGGCGGUUGUCGCUCACUAUCCCACAACACUAAGGCUGCAUGUAAUUGGUCACUUCUAGCAGCAUUCGAACUUGAGAUCAUGGUACUCACCAUGAUUCGUGUAUAUUGGGCAUACCGCGAAAGAGGGUGUCUGCUGCUCGAUAUCCUUGUACAACACAACAUUUUUUACUUCGGAACUGGGCUAACACUAUCGGUGCUCAAUAUUUUAACCAAUCAAUGGCUACCGUUUAACUCCUCAAAUAUGUUUGCAACAUUUCAGAUCGUCAUGCAUACGAUCCUCGUGACUCGGAUGCACCUACAGUUUUGCAACACCGUUCACCACUCCCCUGAGCCCGGAACCACAUCACACUCUCGAUUGACAAAUAUUGAACUUCAGACGCGUUCGCCUUCGCAUUCGAAUGCAUGAUGAUUCGAUGGAAUGGAUACAUUUCAUCUUCAUUCAGACAUUUUUUUCUGUUGUGUUGCAAAGAAUCCGAGUUGUUGUUGGGCCAUCAGGAACAAGUGACGGAUGCAGGGUUGUAUAUAGUGCUUGCUAGACUAACGAGUAAGAGGUGCAUAACAUUGCUGGACUUUAUGAACGAGGUUUCUCAGUC